CGAUUCACUGAAUCAUUCCAAUUAUGAACAACAAAACUAGAUGCUCCACGACAAGGACAACAACGUGCGCCUUCAUCGUCCACAUCAAUAUCCGCACCCGAUACGAUUCUUCUUCUUCUCCUUGCUCUUUAUAUUUGAAGUCUUCUGAGCUCAAAGCUCACUCUUGCAACAUUAUUCAUCCAUGGCGGUUCAAAGGUUGUGCUUGUUGGUUUUCUUAGCGAGCGUCUUUCUAUGCGCGGAGUCCAAGUACAGGGUGUACAAUACGACGUCCGGCAUUGUUCCCGGCAAGCUCAAUGUUCAUUUGGUCCCUCACUCCCACGACGACGUCGGAUGGUUGAAGACUAUUGACCAGUACUACGUUGGCUCCAAUACUUCCAUUCAGGGAGCGUGUGUUCAAAAUGUGCUGGAUUCUUUAGUUCCGGCUUUGUUGGCUGACAAGAACCGCAAGUUCAUCUAUGUUGAACAGGCAUUUUUUCAGCGUUGGUGGAGAGACCAGAGUGAGGAGGUUCAAAAUAUUGUCAAGAAGCUUGUCAGCUCCGGUCAGCUGGAGUUAAUAAAUGGAGGUAUGUGCAUGCAUGAUGAAGCUACUGCUCAUUAUAUUGACAUGAUUGACCAGACAACUCUUGGGCAUAGAUUUAUCAAAGAAGAGUUCAAUGUAACUCCAAGAAUUGGUUGGCAAAUCGAUCCAUUUGGGCAUUCUGCGGUGCAGGCUUACCUCUUAGGGGCAGAGGUUGGAUUUGACUCUCUGUUCUUUGCGCGUAUUGACUACCAAGACAGAACUAAAAGGAAAAAUGAGAAAAGUCUUGAGGUCAUCUGGCGGGGCUCUAAGAGUCUUGCUUCAUCUGCACAGAUUUUUGCUGGUGCAUUUCCAGAGAAUUAUGAACCUCCCAGUAAUUUCUACUAUGAAGUGAAUGAUGAUUCCACUGAUUCACCUAUUGUUCAGGAUGAUAUCAAUUUGUUUGACUAUAAUGUCCCUCAGCGCGUUAAUGAGUUCAUAGCCGCUGCAGUUUCACAAGCUAACAUUACUCGCACAAAUCAUAUCAUGUGGACCAUGGGAACAGAUUUCAAGUACCAGUAUGCACAUACAUGGUUCCGGCAAAUGGACAAGUUUAUUCAUUAUGUCAAUCAAGAUGGCCGUGUUAAUGCUCUCUACUCAACGCCAUCAAUAUACACUGAUGCAAAAUAUGCAUCAAAAGAGUCCUGGCCAAUCAAGACUGAUGACUUCUUCCCAUAUGCAGACCGUGUAAAUGCUUACUGGACUGGAUAUUUUACUAGUAGACCAGCCCUCAAAGGCUAUGUUAGAGCGAUGAGCGCCUACUAUUUGGCAGCAAGGCAAUUGGAGUAUUUUAAGGGGAGGAGUAAAUUGGGGCCCAACACAGAUUCUUUGGCUGAUGCUUUAGCAAUUGUUCAACAUCAUGAUGCAGUUACCGGUACGGAGAAGCAGCAUGUGGCUAAUGAUUAUGCAAAACGACUUUCAAUUGGUUACACGGAGGCCGAGAAGGUAGUAGCAGCAUCACUUGCCUGCAUCGCAGACUCAACAUCAAAAAUUGGUUCCAGUAAUCCACAGACUAAGUUUCAACAGUGUCCACUUCUGAAUAUAAGUUAUUGUCCUCCAUCGGAAGUUGAUUUUUCAAAUGGGAAAAACCUGGUGAUUGUUGUCUACAAUUCUCUAGGAUGGAUGAGAGAAGAUGUUAUAAGGAUUCCCGUUAUCAAUGAGAAUGUGGUUGUUCGGGAUUCCAAGGGAAAAGAAAUUGAAUCACAGCUCCUACCUCUACUUAAUGUCUCUGUGGCCAUAAGAAACUACCAUGUUACAGCAUAUUUGGGUAAACAUCCAAGGGCGAGGCCUAGUUAUUGGCUUGCAUUUUCGGCAACUGUUCCACCUCUUGGUUUCAGUACUUACAUCGUCUCAUAUACCAAACGAGCAGCUGCUACUUCAGAGAGACAAACAGAGUACAAGUCAGAGAGCAAUCAGAAUGAUACAAUAGAAGUAGGUCCAGGAAACUUGAAACUUAUUUAUACCGGAAAGGAAGGAAAACUUACACAGUACAUUAACAGCAGAAGUUUGGUCAAAGAAUCUGUACAGCAAUCAUAUAGCUUUUACUCUGCAGAUGAUGGGCGUGUGGAUCUUCAGGCCUCUGGAGCAUACAUCUUUCGGCCAAAUGGUACACAUCCCAUCAAAUCUGUAGGCAAGGUGACUGUUUUGCGGGGACCAUUAUUGGAUGAAGUACAUCAGAGGAUCAAUCCAUGGAUAUAUCAGGUCACCAGAGUAUACAAGGUAAAAGAGCAUGCUGAAGUUGAGUUCACGAUUGGGCCUAUACCUAAAGAUGAUGGAAUUGGCAAGGAGAUUGUCACUCAGAUUACAACAGACCUGAAAAGUAACAAAAAAUUCUAUACUGAUUCUAGCGGGCGCGAUUUUAUUGAGAGGGUUCGAGAUUAUAGAAAAGAUUGGAAUCUAGAAGUGAAUCAACCUAUUGCAGGAAAUUAUUACCCGAUUAAUCUUGGAACUUACAUUAAAGAUGACAGUACAGAGCUCUCAGUCUUAGUAGAUCGUUCUGUGGGGGGAGCCAGCAUUGUGGAUGGGCAACUAGAACUGAUGCUUCACAGGAGGUUGGUUGCUGAUGAUUCUAGAGGUGUUGGAGAGGCACUAAAUGAGACAGUUUGCAUUCAUAAUGAAUGCACAGGACUAACUAUCGUAGGAAAGUAUUAUCUCAGAAUUGAUCCUUCAGGAGAGGGUGCAAAAUGGCGUCGAUCAUUUGGUCAGGAGAUAUAUUCUCCAUUUCUUUUAGCCUUCACAGAGCAGGAUGGAGAUGAUUGGACAAAGUCUCAUAUUCCAACCUUUUCAGGGAUGGACCCCUCAUACGUUUUGCCUGAUAAUGUUGCAAUAAUUACCCUCCAGGAACUGGAAAAUGGAAAAGUUCUUCUUCGGUUGGCACACUUAUAUGAGAUUGGAGAGGACAAGGAUCUUUCAGUUAUGUCAAGUGUAGAGCUGAAAAAAGUGUUCCCAAAAAAGAAGAUCAAGAAAGUAACAGAGAUGAGUUUAUCUGCUAACCAAGGAAGAACAGAAAUGGAAAAGAAGAGACUAGUUUGGAAAGUAGAAGGCUCUUCUAAAGAACCCAAGGUAUUGAGGGGAGGACCUGUGGAUGCAGUAAAGUUAGUGGUGGAACUUGCUCCAAUGGAAAUCCGCACAUUCGUUGUCGAGUUCAACGGCAAACGGACAACAACUAAAGGAUAAUCUGCUUACAAGUGGAUUGGUCAAGUUUUUGAAUCCAAGCCCAAGGUGCUAAAAGGACACCAAAUGUGUUUGAGUUUGCUAGAUGUAUGUGAGACUCGAAACUCUUUUGUAAAGCUGCUCAUACAACUCCAGUUUACUUUUCAUGUAUUGUCAUAGCGAAAUCAAUCCUAUGACUUGGUUGCUGCCUAUCAAUAAAAGGUUUAUUUCUUUGUUUGCAA